AGCCCCAACAUGGACAUCCCUCAAAACAACAAAACAGUCCCUCCCUCUGGGCAAACAUUAACUCGGAAGUGGAAGGCUAAAGAGUACAGCUGCCUAACGGACAACACUGGAAAACAAUUGGAGUCUUCACAGCAAACAAAAGCAGCUUCGGUGGACACAAUGAAGAUCGCAUCUUUUAACAUCAGACGUUUGGGUCCAAGCAAACUGGCAAACAAAAAUAUUGUAAAUUAUCUCAUAAAGAUCUUCUCUCGAUACAGUAUAAUCAUUCUUCUGGAGGUGGUGGACAAAUCGGGCAAAUCUAUAGACAAAUUUCUGCAGGAGCUCAACAGCACCGGAGCUAACAAGAAACGCCCUUUCACAAUGGUCGGAAGCUCCAGGCUGGGACGGACUCUUUAUAAGGAGCAGUUCGUCUGUUUCUACAGAGAAGAUGAGGCUGAACUGGUUGACACGUACCAAUACGAAGACAAUCAAGUGGGUGACGAGGACGCUUUCUCUCGAGAGCCUUUCAUCAUGCGUUUCCACUGUAAACACACAGUGCUGAAAGAUUUGGUGCUGAUCCCCGUUCACACAAAGCCUAAAGACUCACAGAAGGAACUGGACGAACUGUACGACGUCUUUCUAGAGGUCAUAGAUAAAUGGAACACGGAUAACGUCAUGAUCCUUGGCGACUUCAACGCGGAUGGCGCUUACGUCUCUAAGAAGAAGAUGAAGGCCAUCAGGAUCCGCACCGAUCCCGAUUUCCAUUGGCUGAUUGGAGACGAUGUGGACACCACAGUCAUUGAGUCCAAUGACAACACCUACGACAGGAUUGUGGUGUAUAAAGACGACAUGUUGAAAGCUGUUGUGCCAAAGUCUGCCAAACCUUUUAACUUUCAGCAAGCCUACAAACUUUCAGAGGAAAUGGCCCUGGAAAUCAGUGAUCAUUACCCAGUGGAGGUGAGUCUGAAGAAGUCGUCUGCGGCAAAGACCAGCGGCAAAGCCAAAACCAAAGCACAAAAACGCAAAGCAUGAUGGGAUACCAAUCUUAACUUCACUCUUCUGGAGGAGAGAUGCUACCCCUUCAUAAGGAAAUUCAGGGCUUAAAAUAAUUCAAAAGAAAUUACCUUUUCAAGAUAUUUUUUCUCAGUUUGCAUGCCUAUAAACAUUUGAAAUGACUGAAAUCUCAAAAUAAACGUUCAUUUUUAAUGUAUUUAAUGCCAUUUUCCCGACAUGCUUAUGAUUUCAUCCACAUACACUGAAGGAUCAGCAUCUUCUGUAACUACAUCAGCAUUUAGCAUCACCAUUAACUUUCCUUCAUUAAUGUGUCCAGAAAUAAUUUGAUUUUCAAAUAAAUACAUAAAAUAUA